UGGCGACUCUCAUUCUUCUCUCUGAUAUAGCUAAUGCUGGGUCUAUCUUUAUAUGUUUGUAUAUGCUAUGGAGUAAACAGAAAAAAACAAGACACCAAUAUUAGCAUUUAAUUGUUUUACAAUUCGUCAAUAACGAAGUAGGAGAAUAAGAACCAAAUGGCCUCGGCUACGAUGUCGCCAACUGAUGAUGACGAGCUCACUCUUCCUCGUGCAUCAAUUAACAAAAUAAUCAAGGAAAUCUUACCCCAUGUGCGAGUUGCAAAUGAAUCAAGGGAGCUCAUCCUGAACUGUUGUACAGAAUUCAUUCAUUUAUUGUCUUCCGAGGCGAAUGAAAUCUGUAAUCAGCAACAGAAGAAAACUAUAAAUGCAGAACACGUUCUGCAAGCACUUGAAAAAUUAGGUUUUGGCGAUUACAAUGCGGAAGCGGAAGCUGUAUUACGAGACUGCAAAGCUGUAGCGGCUAAAAGAAGGCGUCAAAGUACUAGAUUAGAAAAUUUAGGAAUUCCAGAAGAGGAAUUAUUACGACAACAACAAGAACUAUUUGCUAAAGCAAGAGAGGAACAAGCAGUUGCAGAGCAGCAACAAUGGCAGCAAUUACAGGCUGUUGCACAAAUGGCAUCAAUGCAGCAAGUUGACAGUGAACAGGAAGAUUAUUCAUAAAAUUCAAAGACGACAAAAUUUAUAUUUAAAAACAGUUCCGUGCGUACGCGCAUACAAUCUUGUACUUCAAGAGAAAAAUAUUUCUAAUAUAUCGAACAAAACAUUGAUGAUAAGAAAAUCGAUACAGAUGAAAAUAAUAGUUAAUAAUAAUUAAAAAAUAUUGAAUUAAAAAACGAUGUUAAAUGUAAAUUCCAUAAUUCAUAAGAGUGAAUUCUAUAUUGCACUCGUAUUUUAAGUACUUUAAUUUUAUUAUCAUAAUUUAUAAAAACAAUGUAUCAUAUAAUAAAGCGAAUUAUACCUUUAU